GUGCGAUAACAUAUUUUUCUGGGAGCCCGGUGCACGGGCCUGCAGCCGAUAGAGCUUAUCCUCGUUACACCCUCCUCGAUCCUUCUCUCUCCCUCCCACUCCGUCAAAAUGUCUAUCGUCGGUGGUCUCAUCUUCUGCCAAGACUGCGGCAACCUCCUCGACUCCUCCUCCUCCGACGCCUUCAUCGUCUGCAACCAAUGCGGCGCCUCCCUCUCUACCUCCGCUCUCUCCAACCUCGAAGUCCGCACCCACUCCUCCCCAACCGCCUUCCCCUCCGCCCUCCGCCAAAAACAAUCACUUGUCCAGGGUCUCCAAACACAGGAACAAGAAGAAGCAGCUGUUAUCGAGGAGAAGUGCCCGAAUUGCGGGAAUGAGGAGAUGACGUUUCAUACGUUGCAGUUGAGGAGUGCGGAUGAGGGGGCGACGGUGUUUUAUAAUUGUCCGAGGUGUGCGUAUAAGUUUUCUACGAAUAAUUAGGGUUGCUGCAGCUGGUGGAGCUCGAGGGGCAUCACACAAAAGGCGGAGUUAUUGGGAACGUUG